UAAUAAACUAAUUUUAAGUUACACUCCAUAAAAUUCCCAAUUAAUCGGCGAUAUGUUACAAAGCAUCCAUAAAUGCGGAUAAUAAACGUGACUCCUUAUACUUUCGAUAAACCUCCAUGAUAAUUUAUGAAGAUCACAUGAAUAAUUAAAUAAAGAAAUCUUUAAAUUUUAAAUACUAUUGUAUACCAAAAUUGUAUCUUCAAAAUUAAAAAGUUUAACUUAAAAUUUUAUGGAAUGGCUUUUAGUUGUUGGCCUAAGGCCGACAAAAAGAUUGAAAGAACUGUAACAGAAACCCAAACAUUGGAAACUGAAUUUGCUGUACCCACUAGUGAUCUCGUAAUAAUUGAUUGUGGCUCAAAUGCUUGUAAAGCUGGCUUUUCUGGAGAUAAUAAACCUCGCAUUUCUAUACCCACCAUAGUAGGUAGACCUAAACAGGGAGCAGAUAUCAGACAUCGUUCUCAGCAAGAUUCUUAUGUGGGUUUUGAGGCACAAGAAAAACGGGCAGUACUUAAUCUCAAUACACCUAUUGAUAGAGGUAUAAUUACGAAUUGGGAUGAUAUGGAAGAGUAUUUUGAAUAUAUCUUUAAAGAAGGUAUACAUUUAGAACCCUCUGGAUAUGGUAUAAUCUUAACAGAAACUCUUAAUAAUCCAAAAAGAAAUCGUGAAAAAUUGCUCGAAUUAAUGUUGGAAAAAUUUCACUUUAAAUCGUUUUUUCUGGCUCCAGCACCACCUUUGGCUUUAUAUGCCUAUGGUUUCUAUACUGGUGUGGUGCUAGACUCUGGUGAGGGACAAACACAUAUAGUGCCAGUGUAUGAAGGUUACUCAAUGUCUCAUAGUACCCGUUAUAUACCUUUGGGCGGUAAAGAUAUUAACAAAAUGUUGGAGAAUAUUUUAGCUAAGAAAAGUAAUUUUGCUCAAUUUUUGCAAACAUCAUCAGACAAGGAAUUUUUAGAACACAUCAAGGAGCAAUUAUGUUAUGUGGCCUUGGAUUACCAAGAGGAAUUAAGCAAGGUUACAACAAAUUCAAAAUCUUAUCGUUUACCUGAUGGCAAUUAUAUAGAUUUAAGUACAGAACAGUUUUCAUGCACAGAGAUCCUGUUUGAACCCACCCUGUUGGAUGUAAGAACUGGUGGGAUACAUGAGAAUAUUUAUAGAGCUGUUCAAUUGUCCGAUUCUUCCAUUAGACAUUUACUGUACAGCCAUAUAGUUUUAAGUGGAGGCAAUACAUUGUUUCCAGGACUUCAGCAUCGCCUUGCCAAUGAAAUGCGUUUAAUGUCGGAGCCAGAGGCUACUAUAAAUAUUCAUGCCAAAUCGGAGCGUAAGAAUGCAGUAUUUUUGGGUGCCUCUCUACUGAGUUCGUUGGCCAAGUUUAAGGAUAUGAUGAUUACAUAUCCAGAAUAUUUUGAAAGCGGUCCGUCGAUUGUAAAUAGAAAAUGUUUUUAAAUGGUAUUUGAA